UCCUGCCAAACUUGCAAACCUCUGAACCAGUUGGCCAUGGUAGUUCAUACUAAAAGCCACUUGGGCACUGAAGUAGCUGAAAUGAGAAAGAGGCAGCAGUCACAAAAUGAAGGAACAUCAGCUGUGUCUCAAGCACCUGGAAACCAAAGGCCCAACAACACAUGUUGCUUUUGUUGGUGCUGUUGCUGCAGCUGUUCAUGCCUCACUGUUAGGAAUGAAGAUAGAGGAGACAAUGCAGGAAGGCCAACACAUACGACCAAACUGGAGAGUAUCCAGGUCAUAGAAGAAUGCCAAAACCCUACUGCAGAUGAAAUUUUGUCUUGGGCUCAGAAUUUUGACAAGAUGAUGAAAACACCAGCUGGGAGGAACCUUUUCAGAGAGUUUCUUAGAACGGAGUAUAGUGAAGAGAACCUGCUUUUCUGGCUUGCAUGUGAAGAUCUAAAGAAGGAACAGAACAAGAAAGUCAUUGAAGAAAAAGCAAGACUUAUAUAUGAAGAUUACAUUUCUAUACUAUCACCAAAAGAGGUUAGUCUUGAUUCCCGGGUGAGAGAAGUGAUCAACAGAAACUUGUUGGAUCCCAGUCCUCACAUGUAUGAAGAUGCCCAGCUCCAGAUAUACACCUUGAUGCACAGAGACUCUUUUCCAAGGUUUUUGAACUCUCAGAUUUAUAAGUCUCUUGUUGAAAGUAUUACAGGCUCUACUUCUGAAACUUAA